AUGACGGAAUUGGCAUCUUUUUUGACAGAUGAAUUUUCUUUUCUUAGUGAAAUUCCACGACAAGGUGUUAUAAAUGCUUUUGAUGGAGCUUUCUCUGAUUUUGAUGCAUUUCUUCUUACGCAUAAUUUUAAUUUUUUUGAUGGUAACCAAAGUGUUCAAAAACUUUCUGAACUUGCAUCACGAUUACACAAUGAAGUUUAUAUUUCGGAUAGUGGUGAUUUUUUAUCUUUAAUUAAAAAUGAAGCUUCCAAUGGAAGUAAUUUAUGCAUUUUAUUCUGGUAUGGUAUUGAAUAUGCAUUGAAGAAUGGAAAAACACUUGGAAUUUUACAAGAUGGUUUGUAUUGUGCUAGAUGCUAUUUAUUGUUAGCAUCUAUAAAAGGAGCACCAGCGUAUGAUUUAUAUCAGCCUAAUAUAGUUGGAAAAUGUUUUGAUCUUUAUUUAAAGGUUAUUCGAAUUAUAAAAGGAAAAAAUUGUUUAACUACUAAAAAAAAAUCUACAAAAUCCAAAAAAAAUUUAUUUUUAGAGAGUGAUCAAAGUGAAGAAUUAGUAAUACUUCCACAAGGAGAAAUAAAAGAACUUGGAAAAUGUUUAAGAAUAUCUUUAGAUGGAUUGUUUACUUUUAUUAGAAUAAUUGCUAUAGCUAAACCAAUUGAAAAUAUAUAUCUUAUUUGUAGAGUUAUCAAAAAUCUUUUAGCAAUUGAUAUAUCUCUUGACACUUGUGUAAAUAUUUGUAAUAACAUUACUGAUUUUCAGAAACUAUCAAAUUUUUCUGAUAUUGCAUUUUCUUUGCUUCAUUGUCUUUGUGAUUCACGUCAUAGUGCUUUAGAAAUAUUGUAUCCAGUUGUUGUUAUGCCUAGAAUAAUGUAUGCUGGAAUGAACGAUGAUCAAUUUAUUCCUAAAUUUGUAAAACAACGUCUUAUGAAUGACGAAAUUGAACAUGAAACUAUUUAUUGUAUGGCUGUUUCAGCCUGUCUUAAAUGUCCAGAAAGAAAUGAAUAUAGAACUAAAAUUUUAAAAUCUGUAGUGAAUAUUAUUAAUAAUAUGUCUUUAACAUAUAAAAAACGAUUUUCUGAAGACAUUUUAAAAAUUGGGGAAAAUACUCGUGGUGGGUUGCGCGCUUUUGCUAUAGAUGCUAUUCCAUAUAUUCAUGAUAAUUUCAAAAUCAUAAAUUUUAAUUCACAAAUUGAUAUUGAUGAUGGAAUUAUUAUUGACGAGACUAUACAUAUUAAACAAGAAUUGGAUAGUCAAACAAUAGAAUAUAAUAAUGAAGAGUUGUUUACAAAAAAUGAACAAUUAAGUUUAGAUUUUAUACGUCUUAUAAUUUAUGGAAUUGAUGAUAAAAUUGGAUCUGUUAGACAAAGAGCAUUAAACAUUCUUCAAUUAUUUAUAAAUAAUGGUAAAUUUCGAGUUCAAUGUAAUAAAGAAAUUGAUAAUUUAUACAAUGAGCUUAGGGAGUUAGAAUUAAUUAAGUAUCGCCGUGAAAAAAAAAAGCGUCAAGCUGAAGCUGUUGCUGCAAAAGUAAGAAGGAUUCAAUCAUCUCUUGAAAAUAAUGAAGAAAGUAACGAUAUUGAUGAAGAUGAUAAUAAAGAAGAUGGUGAAGAUUCGGAUCAAGAGUUUAGACCUCCACAAACUCAAGAUUGUGAUGUACUUGAUUACGACAAAACUCAAAUUAUUGAUGCUGAGAAUAUUCCACCUGGAGAUAUGGAUACUACAAUUAAAUCUAUUAAAACAACAACAAUAAAAAAAGAAAUAAAACCUGAUGAAGUGGAUUUGGAUAGUACAGAUAUUAAUAUUCAUAUUAUUAGUGACGAAACUGGUAUAUUUGAAAAAAAACGCAUUUUUAAAAUUUUCGAUUAUCCUCUUCUUAAUAGACUUUUGGUAAGAUGUGAUGAUUCUGUUUCUGGUUGUAGAAGAAGUGCAAUUUUAGCUUUACAACAUCUUUUUCCUUAUUUGACAGAUGAGAAGCAUGUUUCUGCCACAAUAAAUCAAUUUUGUCGUUCAGCUAGAGAUAAAGCAUUAUCAAUUAGAAAACAAGUUGCUGAUUCAGUUUUCAAUAUUCUUUGUGAUCUUAGUGAAGAUCAUAUGUUUUAUAGAAAUAUAGUUAACGCUUCUAUGGAAUGUAUUAUACUUCAAGUUGUUGAUCGUGAAGCAUCUGUUCAACAGAAUGCUGCAAAAUUAAUUGUGCAGAUGGUUUUUGUACCUUUAUCUAAUGGAGAAACCGAGGAUAAAAUAGCUUGGAAUAUUCUUUCUAUUUGUGAAAGAGUUUUAACGUAUCAAAGAAUAUUAAAACAGGCUGUAUCUUUUUUAGUUAAAGAAAAAUUAAUUGAUAAAGAAUUUGUUCGAUCAUUGGAUAAACUUAUGAAAAAGCUUAAGGAUGAAACUUUACGACAAUAUAUUUGGAUGUUGUAUUCUAUAUUAAGUAUAUUUUUUCAUGUAAAUCCUAAAGAUGCUGCGGAAGAAUUUUUAAAAAUUAAAAAAAGAUCUAUUAGAAAUGAAUCUAAGAUAUGUAAUUACUUUGCAACUAUUAUUUCUCGAGGUGUUAAUGAUUUAACUAUAGAAACAAGAACAGCGCUUAUUCAACAAAUUGAAAAAUAUAUUGUUUCUUUUAAAGUAAGUAAUAAUAAUAUUUCUUCACUUUACUAUUGUUAUGGUGUCCUUCUAAAUGGUGUUAGUAAUGGUGAUGAAAAAGGGAAGAUUUUAUUUGCUCAACGAAAUAAAGAAAUUUUUGACUUAGCUCAAAAUAACAUGAAAUUAUUAAUGUUUGAAGAAUAUCAUGGUGAAGGACCCGAACCUGAAUCUUCGACACAUGUAUCUUCACGUAAUAAGCAAGAGAACGACAAAGAGGAUGUUAAAUUAGCUAAGAUUCUUGGUGUCAUUGGAGAGAUUGUUGAUUAUGAACAAUCACUUAUAUGUAAAGAUCUUUUUGAAAUUCUCCAGCUUAUCAUGUCUUCUGAGAUGUGUAAAAAAGCAUUAAAAAUUUCUGAAAGAAAUAUUGGACGUGGAACAGCUUUAUCAACUAAUUUUUACCAAGGUACUAAUAGACCACAAUCUACUACAACUGGAACAGAAUGUGGAAGAGGUACACCAUUAUCAAUUAUGAAAGAAUUCAAAACUCAUCACAUAAAAUAUUCAAAUAUAACUUCAAUAGUUCAGGCACAGUGUAUUGUAAUUAUGGGGAAGAUAUGUCUUGUUGAUGAGAUGUUUGCUAGAGAUGUAAUUCCUGUUUUUAUGAAGGAACUUGUUACAUGUAAAGAUUAUAUUAUUAGAAAUAAUAUUAUAGUUGUGACGCAUGAUCUUUGUAAACAACAUACUUCACUUGUUGGAUCUUAUAUGGACAUUUUUGCUGCUUGUUUAGGGGAUGAUUCUGUAGCUGUUAGAGUUCAUGCACUUCAUUGUUUAACAAGAUUAUUAAAAGAAGGAUACUUAGUAUGGAAAGGUGAUAUUAUGUUUAGAUUUGUUUCUACUCUUCUUGAUCAAGUUUCAAGAGUUAGGGAUUAUGCUGAAUUCUGUCUUAUUGAUACGCUUUUACCUGUAACACCUGAUAUGUUUUUUUCAAAUUUUAUUGAUUGUCUUUUUUAUUUUAAUGGAGUUGAACACCCUUCAUGGGUAUACUAUAAUCAAGCUAAAGGAAAUAAUGAAGGAGGAAAAGUUAAUAAACACAGAUCUUUACAAGGUACUUGUUAUCAGAAUCAGCGUCUUCAGUUGUAUUGUUUUAUGCUUAAAAACAUGACACACGUUCAAAAAGUUGCAGUAACACAGAAAAUUUGUAUUGAAGUUUUUGAUGGAGUGUCUCUUGGUUCGUUAGAUUUUAAUGAUAUCAACGUACAAAAUAUGGUUGUUGAUUGUUUCAGAUUUUUAUCUUCUGAAGAUGGAAAAAUUCGAUUUAAUAUUGGAAAAGACAGUAGUGAAGAAGAUGGUGAUGAUGGAAAUGAAUUGAGAAGGGAAGCAAUUGUAGCGACAGCUGCUCAAGCUUCAAGAGAAGCUUUAAGAGAAGUAUUUGUUAAAGAAGUUAUGAAAUAUUUACUUCAGUUGAGAGAUUUUCUAUAUACUUCUAAAAAUUCAAGAUGUGCUUAUGAAUUUCUUAAAUACUUACUUCAUCUCAGUAAUGAACAUAACUAUGCAUUUGAAAAAAUUCUUGAUGAAGAAAAACAUAUGUCUGCUGGAGUUCGUUAUGAUUUAAUUCGUAUGCAACAUAAACUUGCGGAGGAAAUUUGA